AUGGCUGGAAUGGUGCCGUUUGGAUCUCCUUGCUCAGAAAAAGAACACAUAGAGAAGUCGCCACCAGUCGUCACUCCUUUGGCUUUGGCUUUGGGGGAAGCAUGGCGAGCUGGCCAGCUGCUGCGGCCACACUCCAACGAUGCAUUUGUGCAAGGCUGUGAUAGCGAGGUGGCUGAGCUGGUGGGUUCUGCCUUGGGCGCUGCGCUGCGGCAGAUGCUGGACGAGAGGAGGCCCAGUGGAUCCUUCCGUUUCCUGGUGCCCUUGGAUGAGGCGCUGACGGACCUCAGCCUAGACUUUUCAGAGGCGUCCGUGGAGAUCGCCCUGGCGCCCUUCGGCGCCUUCCCUCCUGCGGGGCGUCAGCGGAUUGGCUCCUUCCGCACUGCGUUGACGGAGGUGAUCUUGCGGAGGGUGGCUGAAGAGCUGAAGGUUGGACUCAAGGUGAAGAAGCUCCGUGGAGACAAUGCCCAUCACAUCGUGGAGGCGACCUUCAAAAGCUUCGCGCGCUGCCUGCGCCGCGCGAUGGACGCUGCCAGCGGACUCGUGAACGGCGGACCGCGGUUCUCCGCGGCCGUCCUCGGCGAGCGAAGGGUGCAGAAGAAGCGGGGGACGAAGGAGACGAACAUCGACAUCUCUGUUGACUUGGAUUUGAGCCCUGAGACACCAGAAAGGGUCGCGACGGGCUUCCACACGUUGGACGCGCUGCUGCGGCGCUUGGGGAGUGGGUUGCAGCUGACCGCGAGCUGCGUGGGAGACGCCUGGAUCGAUGAGCAUCACAGCGUGGAGGAUGUCAUGAUCACGGUGGGCCAAGCACUUCAUCAGGCCUUAGGCUCCAAGGCCGGUUGCUGUCGCAUGGCCUUCGCGGAGGCCGCGUACCAAAGCGCCCAGGUGCUGUGCGUGAUGGAUCUCUCGAAUCGUCCGAUGCUCUGCAGUGACCUGCAGUGGCAGGGGCAGCAGGAAGAGAUGGCAGAGGAUGUCUCCGUGGAGAUGUUGCACCACGCGUUCGAGUCCUUUGUGGUGAAUGCGGCCAUGACCGUCCACUUGGUGCAGGUGCGACCCGAGGGCGCCGUCUCGCCCUGCGCAUUGGACCUGGCCCUGGCGGCGGCGGAGGCUGCUCUACCAGCUGAAAAUGGCUUCCGAAAGGACCGCGAGAUCGACGGCGACGCGGAGUACUGUAAGAGUGAGCGUCCUGUGCUGGCCCUCCAAGCUUCUGCUCUAGAAAUGCAGGCCAGUGUGGGCUGGCCCGGCGCCUCCAUGAAGGUGCGACAAGCACGCGUAGAGAAACUCACUCGGAAGUUCGAGUUAGAGAAGCAUAAGCAGGAGAUCGUGGCCUUCGAGAUGGAUCACAUCGAACAGGCGCAUGUGGAGGAGCAGCGACAGAUCCAUCGUUUUAGUCUUCGGGAGCGUCUGCGGCAGAACCGGGCGGCGAAGGAUGAGUGGGAGGCCAGAGGCCACGAGCUCUGGCAGGAGAACAUGAAGGUGCGCAUGACAAGGGAGAACGAGCAGAUGCGCUUCUCCGACAAGGUCUUGAGGACUCAACAGGAGAAAGAGCUCACGCUCCGUCGACAGGCGGCCGAAGAGGUCUUAAAGGGUACACAGGACUUCGAGAGCGGCCUGGUGACGCUGGGCCUGACGAAGACCAAGGAGGAUGUGAUCCCAGAAGACAGCUCCGAGGAGGAGACGGACUCCGUGGAGAAGCUGUUGGCCCAGACCUCGAAGGUCGCCAGCGCCAAGGAACUGGUCGAGGCGCUUCAAGCCAAGCUGCCGACCGGUCAGGAGCUGAACUACGAGGCCAACCUCUUCAUGCGAAAGAUCAAGGAGUCUAAGGAGGCUGGCGCCAUCGCGCGCCGGGAGCGGGAGCGGCGGCGCCGCCGAGUGCUGGUGGAACAGCAGCGCGAGCAGGAGAUGCUCGAGGAGAAUCAACUGGAGCAGGUGCUUCUGGAAAAGCUGGGCCGCGAGUCCAUCGAGGAGAGCGCCAUCAGCUAUCGCAGCUGGCGGGUGAACAUGUUCGAGGAGGUCUUUGUCAGGAACCGGCAGGCGCGACAGCAACAGUACAUCGCGCAGAAGCGGGCCGACAAAGAGGAGGCCGGAUGA